UCAUGUUGAACUUUAUUUACUUUACUCUUCACAUUUAGCUUAAGUUUUUCUUUGGUCGUUCUUCUUAGGCGCCUAUAAAAUGAUGCCAAAAAGGUGUCCCUUUAUCAACUUUUAUCCAAUAAUCAUCUUCCUAUUGAAUUUUUGGACAUCUAAAGAAGGAGUUCUUCCUGUCAGCCUUCACGAUUAAAUUAAUGCGAUUGGCAUUGCGUUUCUGCUCGUUGUAGCAUGCAGAAUAAUGCUUGUCACUUUUCACGCUCAACUUCUGUGGUGUUUGCUUCUUACGUUUGAUGCUGAAGCAGUAAACGAAGUGAAUACUUGUAUAUUCCAAUCUGAACUCUUCUGCCGUGUACUAUCAACAGCAACAGUUAUCGUGGAUCUUCUGGACAAUGGUUCCAAAAAUAUACUGGUGAAGAAGCUCCAUCUUCACCUAAGAAAACCUACAUUGAUUGUGACAGACUGCUUCUCGACUGUAGCAAACAUAUCGUCUACGUGUAACAACACUGCUAUCUUGAACACAAUUACUGAUGUUCUGUGUCGGGAGUCUAACGUCACCGUCCUUGGAGUUUCUAAUUGUUGGAAUCUGAGAAACGCCCUUGUGCAAAUCUUGUGGAAUGUGGAAAUGUGGGACAAUGGGCCACUUUCCGAACUAGAUGAUGUUAACGCAUGCGUCUUCCGGAACAAGUCAUACAUAUUUUCCAACGUGACUAAGUCUCAACUCCGAGGAAAACAAUUUAAAGUUGUCACAAAACAGGAGGUUCCGUAUAUGUUACUAGAAGACGGUCCAAAUAAUGCCACUAGAGCAGCUGGUGGUUGUGAGUAUCAACUAUUAGAAGCUUUAGCAGGAUACUUCAGUUUUACGUAUACUUUAACAAAACCAGUUGAUGACGAAUUUGGAGAUGUAGGAGCUCAUGGUAAAUGGACGGGAAUGAUAGGAUACCUGCAAGACGAGAAAGCAGAUAUUGCCCUCUGCGGUCUCAGUAUCACAAAGGAGAGAGAAACAGUUGUGGACUUCUCAACUUUUUAUAUGAACGAUCCAGUUAAAUUUAUAACUCACACUCCAGGACUGAGACCACGAGCUUUUGUUAUCGUCAGACCUUUCAGUAAAGAGGUCUGGCUUAGUGUUAUUGGUGCCCUCCUUAUAGCAUCCCUAUCUCUUCAAACAAUGUUUUUCUUGUCCAAUCGAUACCAUUAUGAGAGAGAACAGACAACUUUUAACGCCAUCUGGUACCUGGGAGGAACAUUAACACAGCAAGGAAGCUUUGGACAAUGA